AUGAGUCGGGCUCACAGGAACGUGGGUCUCACAUCAGGUCCCGAGGGAGCAGGUGUGUUUCUGGGCCUGGGGCUGCUCCUUGGUGGUGAGGGUGUCCCCACGAGCCGUGUCUGUGGCGCCUGCAGCUGCCUGCAUGUCCAUCUGUGUCCACAUCUGCCUUUGAGCCUCAUCUUCCUGGCCCCACGGUUUUCUCAUGCUGUGACCCAAAAGCCGAGCAUUCCAGGGUGUUCUGCUGCUGAAAUUGAGUUCUCCUUACACUAUCAUGGUUGCUUUAGCAACUUAGCUGUUGUCGACUUAAUGCGUUUCAUGACGUUCUGCAGCAAGGAAGAAGGUCCGAGUUUCCACUCUGAAUCAGGCACCUUCGCUCCCCUCCCCGCUCACUUGACUUCCUGUGGGGGUGGCAGAGAUGGGCCGGGGGAGGGAGUGGGCAGCAGUGCGGACCGACUCCUGGCGCAUGGGGUUUCCCUGGUGCUGGAGCCGGGCGUUUGGCGGAGGGGGGGGCUGGGGUCAUAUCCCCUGCAUGCCCUGCACCCCAUGGCUGUGCUCACGUGGCAAGAGGUGGUGAUCGCCAGCUCAGGAAAGCUGGGGGGGCGCCCUCCCCCCUGCCCGCGACUCGGAGCACCCCCACCCCUCCCCUGCCGGGCCAGGCCGGGCGGCGUUGUUGGCGGGGGCCCCGGAGGCCCGGCCCGGGCGGCGCCCGCCAAGAACGGGCUGUCGCUGAGUGAGCUCUGCUGCCUCUUCUGCUGCCCGCCCUGCCCCGGCCGCAUCGCUGCCAAGCUCGCCUUCCUGCCGCCGGAGGCCACCUACUCCCUGGUGCCUGAGCCCGAGCCGGGGCCUUGUGGGGCCGGGGCCGCCCCCUUGGGGACCCUGCGGGCCUCCUCGGGCGCACCCGGGCGCUGUAAGCUGCAACUGACGGAACACGCCGACUUCCAGUACAGCCAGCGCGAGCUGGACACCAUCGAGGUCUUCCCCACCAAGAGCGCCUGCGGCAACCGCGUCUCCUGCAUGUAUGUUCGCUGCGUGCCUGGCGCCAGGUACACGGUCCUCUUCUCGCACGGCAACGCCGUGGACUUGGGCCAGAUGAGCAGCUUCUACAUUGGCCUGGGCUCCCGCCUCCACUGCAGCAUCUUCUCCUACGACUACUCCGGCUACGGUGCCAGCUCGGGCAGGCCUUCCGAGAGGAACCUCUAUGCCGACAUCGACACCGCCUGGCAGGCCCUGCGCACCGGGUACGGCAUCAGCCCGGACAGCAUCAUCCUGUACGGGCAGAGCAUCGGCACGGUGCCCACCGUGGACCUGGCCUCGCGCUACGAGUGUGCCGCGGUGGUGCUGCACUCGCCGCUCACCUCGGGCAUGCGCAUCGCCUUCCCCCACACCAAGAAGACCUGCUGCUUCGACGCCUUCCCCAACAUCAAGAAGGUGUCCAAGAUCACGUCGCUCCUGCUCAUCAUCCACGGCACGGAGGACGAGGUGAUCGACUUCUCGCACGGGCUGGCGCUCUACGAGAGCUGCCCCAAGGCGGUGGAGCCGCUGUGGGUGGAGGACGCCGGGCACAACGACAUCGAGCUCCACAGCCUGUACCUGGAGCGCCUGCGUCACUUCAUCUCCCAGGAGUUGCCCAGCCAGCGCGCCUAGCGGUGGCCCCAACCGGCCGGACCUCAGCAGUAAGGCGGCCCCCGGACCUCGCCCCGCGCCGGCACCCCAGGGGCUGCAUGUGGACCCCCGGGCGGCCCAGGGGACCCCGCCCCGACCCAGGGGCUGUGGACCAUGUACAGGCAACAGAGCUGCUCACUCCUUUCCUUUUGGAAGCAAGAAGAAAUACGUGAAAACGGAAAUGAAAGAUUUAAAAUU